AUGAAAACGUUCAAUGCUCCAAGCACAGCACUGCAGCAAGAAGCGCCUCCGCGACAGGUCUUGGAGAUCAAUGAGACAGAUUCAUCUAUCUCUUCCUUGGCCUUCACAGAUAAGGAGCUUCCUAAUGUACCCCCCAAAUGUCUAGUCCUUUGCGCAAACGUUGCAGCCUUCCUGAAGUCAAACGAUGCGCCUCUUGAGUGCCCGAAGGACCUGGACCCUGACGAGCUUGGUGGAAACGUGACUUGGACCGAGCCGGUAGAUGCCAGGCAGCAGUACUUCUUGUACCUCGGGUCCAGCCUGGAGGGAUCAGAUCGCGUGCCACAGUCGCUGCCCGUAGGCACGGAGAUGGCCACCAUCCCGGCCGAAACGCAGCGAAACUUAGCCACGCAUCUGCUGGUGGCCUGGUCCUGCUUGAUCCUUUGUUCUUUGCUUUGCCACAGUACCAGCUCGGACCUGGGUCGCGGGUUUCGGGUGAAGGUCUACACCGCCUCCUCUUUAGCAGAGCAGACGACGCCUGUCGCUUUGCAGCUGGUGGACACAGUCCAGGCGGCCAGCACAUGCCAGAGCACGGCUCCCUCUGGCAUUGAGUUUCUAUGUAGGCGGUUGGGUGCAGGAGAGCUGAGGGGAGAGGAAUCACUUGGGAGCUUGAGAUCCGCGCCCUCUGCCCAGAUAGCCGCGAAUGUGUCGCUGUACGAUCUCGACUUGGACCUCAAGGAAGCAGGAGGUGAGAUCUCCUGGGCUCUUCCCGAGGACGGGAGCACAGUGGUGCCAGUGUGGUCUCACGGGAAGCUGUCCAUGCUGCACAUUGAACCCUUGCCAGAGGAUCCUGCCGGCCUAGUCGAGCACUUCGACGUCUACAUUGCAAAGCUUCCUGAAGGAGACCUUGGAUGCAACUCUUCCGAGGAGGUCUUGAACGGCACCGACAGCGACUCGACCUUGUCCUGCGAAGUGCUCGGCUUCAGCUGCUGCUUUCGCGAGACCAAUCUGUCUCUGCCUGCGGAGACGGCGCUGGUGGACUUCACCCACAUCCUCGUCUACGCCAGGUCGCAGUUGGCCGAGCAGUCCACCCCCGCGCUGCAUUUGAUCAACGACGAAUCUGACCUUGACUUCGAUGCCGAUGAGCUCGGAGGUGACAUCACCUGGCGGCCGCCCAGUUCCGACCGCGUUCAGGACUACCUUGUGUACCUGUCGGAUGGCCAAAGCCGGUCACAGGUAGAGUCUGCCAUCCCAGCUGGAACCAACGUCCUGACUGUCCCUGACAACACGCAGGGCAUCGGCUAUAGCAGCUUCCUGGUCUUCACCCGCUCGACGCUGGCGGCAGAGCAGACGACCCCAGUGGCGCUGAGCUUCUCUGAUUCCGUGGUGUCUCUGGGCAACCUCAGCUUCACGGAUCUGGACUUGGAUGCGACGGACCUCGGCGGCACCCUCGCCUGGGAGGAGCCCUCAGAUUCGGCCUAUGUGACGCACUACGAGGCUCGAGAUGGGUACCCGACGUCUGACUACCACCGGUCGCUGGUUCUGGAGGGUGCUACGCUCGCAGAAGUCUCUGCAGCAGUCAGGGCAAGUCUCCUGGUAGCCUUGGGCCUUUCAGCACAAGAGCUGAUGAUCACCGAUGUCACAGAAGGAACCUACCGGCGCUUAGGGAAGAUCUCGCAGCAUCAGCGCCGUCUGGCCACAGCCUGGACAGCCUUCUGGAAAGCCUCAAGAACCCUGCAGGCAGCGACCGAUCUCGGCCAGGACCUGCCCCGCUUCCAGGCCAUUCUUUCCAAUGCCCUCACGGCUGCCGGCGUGGACGACAGCUCCCUGGUGCUCCAAAGCUUCAGCGCGGUCACGAUGGAGGUCCAAGCUCUUUCGGACGACUCCCAAGUCGAGGAGCCGGAAACGUCCGACUCUAACGCCACCGACGCCGGCAAUGCUAGUGAUGAUUCGGACGUCCGGCGGUUGCAGGGGGAGAACUCAGACGCCCAGAACGAGUCGAAUGAGACCAGCACGACGACAAUGACAAGCACCGUGACCACAACUGCCACGAGCACAGUCACGACAAGCAGCACCAGGACCCGCUUCUGCUUGAAAGCUCCUAAGGACCAUGACAACCACUUCCGCAACCACGACGUCAACGACGAUUACCAAUGCAACGUACGGGGUUGGACGCGAUGUGGCAACGGCUUCUACAUGACCUACCUGGGGACAUCCAUGAUGGGACAGCCAUAUUUCCAGGUGGAGCCAGACUUGCCCCUGGCCACCUGGAGCCACUUCCUUGUCUUCGCUGCGUCAGAUUUCGGUGAGGCCUCCACUCCCACCACUCAUUUGAUCUACGACAUGUCUGCCAGCGUCUCGGAUGUGGCCUAUGACGGGCUGGACCUGGAUCUGGACCAACUUGGCGGCAAUGUGACCUGGAGCCCGCCCAACCUGACAGAGAGCGCCGGGAAUGCCAGCGCCCGCUGCUCGCCAUUGCUGCUCUCCGACCUCUUGCAUUCCAUAUUCUGUUUCUGCGAAAGUCUAGUGCCGAUGAUGACACACGCAUACUCGGCACAGGUCCGUGGCUAUAUGGUCUACUUGGCUGAGAGUUCCUUCGGUCUCAGCCGGGCCUGGAUUCCACCGGAGGUGCCAGUUGGGAGCAACUUCCUGCUGAUUCCGCCUGACACGGAGAGAGAGAACUACUCACACAUCGUGGUCUACACCAAGUCCGAGCUGAUCGAACAGACCACGCCAGCCUUCCUGGCAUUUGCGGAUACAGCAGAGAGCGCGGCGAAUGCCAGCUUCGUGGAUGAGGACCCCGGGAUGUGCGGAGGAAUGAGCUGUUCGUUGCAGCUUCAGUCCCGUGCAAAUGGCGAAGCCGGGCGCAAGGAUCUGGACCUCGGGCAGAUUGGCGGCAAGCUGGUCUGGGAUCCCCCAGCGGACUUAAGCAGCCUGCCCGAGAUUUGUCGCAUCACCGACUUCCUGAUAUACGUGGCGCUCGACGCGAUGGGAACCAACCGCUCGCUGGUCGGUUCCGCCUCUGCCGGCAUCAGUGAAAUCUCAGUGCCCUUGGACACCGACAUUCCCAGCAAUUCCUACUUGGUGGUGUACGUGACAUUCGUGGACUAUGACCUCGACAAUGGUGAGAUCGGUGGAAAUGUUUCCUGGACGCCGCCAAACAGCACCGACUACGUGGAGGUAUACAAGGCCUACCUGGCAGCGGACGAUGUCGGGACCGGCAAGUCCCAGAUUGGCGAUGAUUUGCCGAUUGACGUCAGCGAGGAAACGCCCCUGAGCGACUUUACGCACGUGACCGUGUACACAAAGUCUGCUUUGGGCGAACAGACCACGCCGGUGUCGGCGGCUCUGUCUGACACAUCCUUCUUCGUGGUUCAGGAGAUUGAUGAUAUAUGGGUGCUGUUACUGGAGUCUUUUGUGGACUUAGACCUGGACCUAGCGGACGUCGGAGGGGUCCUCGCUUGGGCUGAAGCCCUAGACGAUGCACAGGUGGCUUAUUACAACAUUUACCUGGGCACCGAUUGCAUCGAGAAUGUGACGCUGCUCGUUGAGAAGCAAGUCGCACCAGCACAGAAGACGAACAUGGGCGAUUGCCAAGUCAUCAGCGGUAUCGUCUCGAUCAGCCUCGAUGGUGCAACGUCACAGCAGGCUCGACUGGUCUUUCGCGCAGAAGUGGCAGGACAGCAGUUGCCAGAUCCACUGUUGCGGCUGCGAUGCGAGCUGCUCUGGCCCAGACCUUUGCCGCAGCUUGGCCUGGUGGAGAUGGGUGUACCUGCCUCGGCGCUGUACGUUACAGGUGGCACUGGCCGGCGCUUGGCCACACUCUGGGAAGUCUCCUACGUCAUCGUGGUCCCCAAUGACCAGGCCUUGGACCUCUCCUCAUCUCCUCCCUUCUGCUCCAUCCUUGGUGGCUACAGCAACGGCCGUGGCGUCCAACAGUGCUUCCUUCAGGUGGUGGUCAAUUUCGCAACUGUCUCGGUGCAGCUGAUCACCGCAGACAAGCUGCCAUCCGUGCUCCCAAGCAGUCCCACCUUCGCGUUCAACGUUACAGAGAGUGAGGAGAAUGAGACGGAUGUGACGCGAACCACCACGACCACGCCCGAAGACACUUGGCUCUUGAAGAUGACGCGGAGGAUUCGGAUGUCACAUGCCAGCAUUCAGAAGGUGGAUGGAACGAGCCCUCGCCGGCAAUGCAACUUCAACCAAGACACGGACAACGACCAGAACUGUGACGCGGACGGCAACCACCUCCUCGACCUCAACAGCUUUCCAGACCUCAACAACAAUGACCACUACCGAGGCAGUGGGGAGGCUAUUGGCGUGGUAUGGUUCUUCUUUUCUUGGGUCAAUGAGACUUUGCUGGGUGAGGAUGCAGAUGCUCCAGAUGCUCCUGAAAUGCACCAAGCUGAUGCUGUUUCAAUCGAAGUGCCGGUGAGGCGGCUAAGCUCCAUCGCCUCCAACGUUACGGAGGCGCUUAGCGGGGCAUCCGACAGCCCAGCCCUCGUCGCGCCGCAGAACUUCACAAGAACUCGCCUGAUAUUCUGUGCGCAGAGGUUUGACCACUCCGGCUUUCUGAUUGCCUCCGUGAUCGAAGAAUUGCCCUUGGCUGUACCUGAGGCAGAGACGCAGCUGGGAAAUGCCACACACUUGCUCAUUUACGCCGCAUCUGCUUACGCCGAGUCGAGCAUCGCAUCGGGCGGCAUUCGAGUGGAGGAUGUGGAGGCCAGUGCUGUCAACGUCUCCUUCGUAGACCAGGAGCUCAGACGGGAUGUUGAGAGCUUUUCCUUCUACCUCACCGACGUGGAGCCGGCGCGCGGGGCGAGUCGCUUCCUCCUAGGCAAGGCUGUCAAACUCUGCGUUUCUGGCAGUGGCAUUCCCAACAGCAGCACAGUACUGGAGUUGCCGGGUGUCGCGGGCUCAGAGAUAGCCGAGCUGCCGGCAACUACCAGCAAACGAGCGUGGGAAGGCUUCAAGGUCUAUACGAAGUCAGCGCUCGUGGAGCAGACAACUCCCACUUCCAUUUCACUGUCGGCGGUGGAUUUUCCCGACUUUGAUCUGGACUUCAUUCAGAUUGGAGGUGUGCUUUCGUGGGACGAGCCCGCAGACAUCUCCCAGGUGAUACGGUAUGACAUCUACUGGGCCUCCGGCCUCUCUGGCCUCACGAACUCCUCCGGAUUCGUUUGCACCGCAGAAUCAGAUGGCACGAUCAUGGUCAAUGCCAGCAAUGGUGAAGACAGUGAUGGUGGUUUCGGCCCCUUCCUGCCGUGCCGGGGGUCCUUGUAUGCAGAGGUCGCCACCGGAGUGCAGAACCUCACGGUGCCACCGGACACCGACCGUGGAAACUAUACGCACUUUCUCAUCUACACCAGAUCAAGACGCUUUGCUGCAAUCAAUUGCGCAGAUCCUCUCGGCUUUACGGAGCAAUCCAAUCCUGCAGCACUGGCCAUCUUCGAUGCGAAUGCCAGCGUCUCCAACUUGGAAUUUGCAAAGACUUGGACCUUCACGAUCUGGGUGGUGCUCCUUGGCACGCUAGGGCCCAGCCCCAACCGCCUCAUUCACAAGGAGCUCAUGUGGGAUCCUCCAGAGGACAUUAGCCGAGUGGAGGCCUACGCCGCCUACCUGGCUAUGGAUGCCAGUGGGGAGAACCGAUCACAGAUCGGCCCGGAUAUUCCUGUCGGCGUCUGGGCUGCAAAAUCUGGCAACACGGGGCGGGGUUCGAACAGUCUCAGCAUUUUCCCGGAGACGCCGCGACUGCUACUUGACGGCAGGCAAAGCAAGAUUGCGCCCGAGAGCUUCACGGUGGUGUACACGAAGUCCAUCUUGGUGGAGCAGACGACGCCCUCAGAUUUGCUCAUUCAGGACGCAGCGGCUCGCUCCAGCAACGUGAGCUUCACUGAUCAAGACCUGGAUGUGGGCGAGGAUGUGUUGGACUACUUGAUUUACAUGGCGGAAGACCGCGUUGGUAACGUGAGCGUGGGUGAGGAUGCUUUCCUGGACAACACCCCCCUUCGUGGCUUCACGCACUUCCUGGUUUAUUCAAGGUCCGCGUUGGUGGAACAAACUACGCCGGCAGCCAUCGUGAUCCUGGAUGUAUCCGCAGUUGUUACGAACCUGGCCUUCCAGGACUUGGAUCUCGACGUUGGCGAGCUGGGAGGUACGAUUCAGUGGUCGCCCCCACAGGCAUUGCAGGGCCUUUUCGGGAUCAUCUCAGGGAAGGGUGAGGGGGAGGGGGCGGGCUUUGAGGCCGUGAUUUCCUAUGGCAUCUACCUGGCCGAGGAUGCUGUCGGCUUAGGCCGGCGUGAGGUGGCCACCGCUGCCAGGGAAGACGUAGAGGCUCAGGUGGCCGACAACACGGCCGCUGGUAGUGUGCGUACUUUGAGCUAUGGAUGCCGGCCCAGCGAGCUAGGCGUGAAGGGGCGCUUCGAGUUCAUCUUAGCCUACACGCGAUCCGUCUUUGAGCAGUCGACUCCCACCUGGGCACCGAUUUCGGACGUCUUCGCGCAGGCGGGAGCCAUCCAGUUCGAGGACCUGGAUCUGGAUGAGACGCAGCUGGGAGGGACGCUGUCGUGGCAGCCGCCAAGCGAUAGCAAGCACGUCGACCAGUAUGUGGCGUAUUUGGCCUACUUCUGCAACGGAACGAACUCCUCAGAGAUGGACCUCGGCGAGGAGAGCCCAGUAUACGUCGCUGGCGUCUUCUCCUUCCCCAUGGAGGCAGCGACACCCGAGCAGGUCACGGCGGCAGCGCGUGCGGCUUUGGCUGAAGCUUUGGGUGUGGCAAACUCGGCCAUCAGCGGCUUGGCGGAAUUUGCAAAGUUUGAAGGUGUCACCGUCAACCUUGCCCGACGCCUGUCCAGCCUGGUGGCUGGUAGCUCCGCCACGGAGUACGUGGUCCACUACGAGCUGCCCGUGGAGGAUGCUCCAACGAUGCUGCAAUCUGCCAGCGCAGCAGAGGAGGAGGAUGGCAUGGACCGGGUGUCCUGCGGCUUCGCCGGCACUCUCGCCAAGGAGCAGAUUUCGAUGAAGUUCGCGGGCGAGGAGGACGUCUACGAAAACAUGCGCAGCUGGAUGAAGUCCGAGGCUGGUUCCGUGUAUUGCAAUGAGUCUGACAACGAGUCUUCCGAUGACAGCGACCUGGAGACCCAAGAGCCAGGCUGCGGCCAGGGCAAGUCGUGGGAUAACCUUGUCAGCGAAGACAGCCGCGGGUACAGCUUCGCCAAUCUCACAGGCGACAAUCUGGCGGUGCGCAUCUCGGGCUCCUUGCGCUUUUCCCUGGACGGGGCCACGGCAUCGCAGGCUUCCCGGCUGAAGGAGCUUCAAGGCCGUGACUUGAGGAUUGCAAAAGGAAACUGCAAAGGCGAGGCCGUCUACUCUGUGGAGACAGCUGUGCGAGCCGCCUUGGCCAGCUCGUUCGGAGUGGGCCCUGCCGCGUUCAGCUGCUCGGGCUUUGACACUUUCUAUUGUGCGGAUGUCAUGCAUGUCAUGUGUCACGGGUGCUGGAGGGAUUUGGAUCACGGCGUCCAGGUUUCCCAGGCGAGGCGCCUGACCACCCACUGGAUCCCGAGUCUGGCGAGGAUGCUGAGUAGCACCUACCAGGUCACGUAUCAGCUCACGGUGCCGGUUGAGGAGGCAGAUGUUGCUUGGCUUCAACAAGAUCUCGCCUCGGUGGAGUUUUGGGCUGUCGUCGAUGCUGCGACUGCAAUUGCCUCGAGUUUUGCUGCUCGACUGAACAAAGGCCUCAGCGCUGCUGGCCGCAGGAGUUCCUGGCUCUUCGAUGGCCUCCUUUGCCAUGGCCGCUCCGACACCAGGAUUGUCACGCUGGCACCCGGCCUCUGGAUGGACGACUUGAAUGAGCACAACAUACGCUCUGGGGAUCCACGGGACGAGAUUUUCUUAGCGUUGCACAGCCAUGCACAGUCUUUAUGGGGCCGCACAGCCGGCACUGUGUUUGCCUUUGGAAACCAGCUUGCAUUCGCUCCAAACACUCACUUCCUGGUCUACACGGUGUCCAACUUCUCCGAGCAGAGCCACUCGGGACUUAACCUUUAUUCAGGCUACCCCAGUGCCCUGGCCAUCGUCGACGUGGCAGCUAGCGCGUCUGGACCUCAGAGAUGGGCUCCGCGCAGGUCCAAUGUGGCCUUCCUGGACUUGGAUUUGGACCCCGACGAACUCGGCGGCCUCGUUCGGUGGACUCCGGCAGUGGCGCCCGCAGUGCAGGACUACUUGGUCUACCUCGACACAUCGAGCUCUUUCAGUAGAUCUCAGCUUGGUGCAGCCACACCCGCGGAGACAGCUCGCCAGUCCUACGACCUCAUUGCUGUGUAUACCCGGCCCCAUGGCAAUUUCUGGAAGUCUGGGCAGUCGACGCUGGCGGAACAGACCACUCCUGUUGCGAUCAGAGUCGAGGCAAGUGCGGAAAACGUCUCUUUCGUUGACCUGGACCUUGAUGAGUUCGAUCUCGGUGGGGUCAUCACAUGGCUGCCUGCUGGGAACGUCGAGUUGGUUGAGUCCUACGCAACCUGGCCUGGUGAUGAGGUCGUCUACUUUGCAGAGUCCAUUUGCGACUUCACGCAGGAACCUCCUGCCAUCGAGCCUGCUACGACCCCUGAUGAUCCCUGCCCGGUACCUGCAUUGCAGGAUGCCAACGAGACCUACACGAGUGAGAAUGCCACACUGCCGACACUGUGCAACUUGCUGCACAUCGAGACGGUGGAUGCCCAAAAUGCUACGAACAUGAGUAAUUUCAGCAUUUUCCUUUCACCAGAGACGUUGCUGCGAAACUAUACGCACCUGGCCGUGUUCACGAAGUCCGUCCUCGUGGAGCAGACCACGCCCGCCGCGCACCUCAUCUUCGACGCUGCUGCGAGUGUGUCGGACCUCACCUUCGACGACUUAGACCUGGACGAACAGCAGCUGGGUGGUAGAAUCACCUUCGCACCCCCUCUAUCCUCUCAAGAGCGGGUGGAGUCCUAUGGCCUCUACCUGUCGCCAGGAGCCGAGACUUCCCGGAAGCGUGGGGGCAUGAGAGCUCUCUCCUCCAGUUCCUGCCAGGCACUGCCACCGGAGACCGACAUUCCAAGCUUUGAGUACAUCGUGGCAUACACACGCUCUUCGCUGGUGGAGCAGAGCACGCCCGUCGCGAUCCGCAUUUCCGAUGUCCAGGCCAGAGUGGAGAAUGUGAGCUUCUUCGACCAGGACCUGGACUUCACGGACACUCGGCCGGAAGUCCCGAAACAAGCAGAGCAAGGAAGGUUGCACGCCAGCCGCGUGAAACUGCACAGGGAUCUUCAUCAGAGGGUGGUGGUGGGGGGCGCGGGGACAUUCUACAGCAGGAGCAGCGAUGGGAAGGCCUCGUUCGAAGUGGUUCCGGAGACUUCGCGCCUGGAUGAUAACAACUCUGCGGUCCAGCUUGCAUACAAUAGCUUCCUCAUCUAUGCGAAAUCUGCGUUGGUGGAGCAGACUACGCCGGAGAUUCACCAGAUCUUUGAUGCCAAGGCGAAUGUGGUGAAUCCUCUGCUUGUGGAUGAAGAUCUGGACCUCGACGAAAUUGGAGCAGCAUCACCCCACACUCGAAACUGCCAAGGUCGGGUGCUUCUGUACCGGGCCGUUUUGGCAAUGGAUUCUGCUGCCACUGGCCGGUCUCAGAUCGGUGAGGACAUCUACGCGCCGGGUUUGGAGACCAACCUGUCGGCAGAGCAGCCCCUGGUUGCGCGGCGAGAAUGGUUCCCACACCUGAGCAGCUUAAGUCCCGACAGACAUAUGUUUCAGAAUGCCUCGAUGCAUCGAAGAGUCGAGCCAAAAACUGACUACAAAUACGAUUCAUCGUUGAUGCCGAAGCCUGAAGCACCCAAGCCCACAUCCCCAAUUCCUUAA